UGAAGGCAGCGUCUCUUUACAGCAGCCAGACAAGAAAAGGCGGAGGGACUGUGUUGGAUUUUAUCGCAGGAAACACGCUACCAAAUUCCCCACAGAAUUGCUCCAACGAGUGUCCAUGUAGUCAGCUGUUACAUGAACUCCUGGGCAGUUGGGGGGAUGUGGGAUUCCUAUCUGUGACCCAGAGGCUCAUGCUGACCAAUGAUGGGAAAGUUUUACCUGCUGCAAUGUCCAUCGGCUCCACUGAGAUGACCCCAGGAGAAGUGAAAUGUGGAUGACAGUGUGAGCCAGGGGAAUUUAACGUUUGGGCCAAGAUAUCCUCACAGUGAGCCAAAAAGAAACCUGUUCUAGUUUACGCAAAAAACAUACACUCACACACACUCACUCCCAAUUGGCCGUCGCAAUGCUGAUGCCAGGACCAAUGUGGGCGUGCCUGGCUCUGAUAUGGGUGGGAAGCUGCAGUGCCCACAGCCUGUUUACCUGUGAGCCCAUCAAAGUGCAUCGGUGCUUGGGGAUGCCCUACAACAUGACCUUCUUCCCCAACAUGAUGGAGCACUAUGACCAGGAUAUUGCAGCCAGCAAUAUGGAGCCAUUCAUGCCCCUGGCAAACCUGCGCUGCUCUCCCGACGUCCACCACUUCUUGUGCCAAGCCUUUAUCCCAGCAUGCACAGAGGAGAACAAGGUGAUCCGUCCAUGCAGAGAGCAGUGCAAGGCUGUUCUGUCCGACUGCGAGGAGAAUAUCCGAAUCUUUGGUGUCACCUGGCCUCCUGAGCUACAGUGUGACAAAUUGGACCCAUGUGGCUCUCCUGAUGGUUUAGUACUCCCUGCAACCACCCCAAUGAGCUCCUCAUCAGCUAAGAGAGACCUUGGCUUCUGGUGCCCACUGCAGCUGAAGACCAAGCCGGGCCAUGGAUCAUUGUUCCUGGGCGCCCAGGACUGUGCGCCGCCUUGCUCCAACAUGUACUUCAAACCCCACGAUAUUGAAUUUGCCAAGAGCUUCAUCGGCGUGUGCUCCAUCAUCUGUUUGGGCGCCACACUCUUCACCUUCCUCACUUUCCUCAUCGACGUCAAACGUUUCCGCUACCCAGAGCGCCCCAUAAUCUUCUACGCCGUCUGCUACAGCUUUGUCUCGCUCAUAUACUUCAUUGGUUUCCUGCUGGGGAACAAUGCAGCCUGUACCAAAGCGGCUCAUCCUGCCGGUGUGGAUACAGUAGUGCUGGGCUCUCAGAGCAAAGGCUGCACUCUGCUUUUUAUGCUGCUCUACUUCUUCUCCAUUGCUGGUAUCGUCUGGUGGGUCAUACUCACAAUCACCUGGUUCCUGGCAGCUGGACCCAAGUGGAGCUGUGAGGCCAUAGAGAAGAAAGCGGUGUGGUUCCACUCUGCUGCCUGGGGGAUCCCCGGGGCACUAACUGUCAUGCUGCUGGCUCUGAACAAGGUUGAAGGGGACAACAUCAGCGGAGUUUGCUUUGUGGGACUCUACGACCUGGACGCCCUGCGCUACUUUGUUCUGGCUCCUCUGUGUGUGGGCGUCAUAGUCGGCCUCUUCCUUAUCCUGGCGGGCAUUGUUUCUCUCAACCACGUCCGGCAGGUCAUCCAGCACGAUGAGCGUAACCAGGAGAAGCUGAAGAAGUUCAUGAUCCGCAUCGGCGUGUUCAGCUGCCUCUACCUGGUCCCACUGGUCACCCUGUUAGCCUGCUACACCUAUGAACAGAGUCACCGCAGCACCUGGGAGAAUACUUGGAUCAACGACCGCUGUCAAGAAUACAGCAUCCCCUGCUCCUACAAGGCAACAGAGCUUGACCGUCCUGACCUCUCCCUGUUUCUGGUGAAAUACUUAAUGACGCUGGUGGUUGGAAUAUCUGCAGUGUUCUGGGUCAGCAGCAAAAAGACCUGCUCUGAGUGGGCCUACUUCUUCAACAGGACCCGCAAGAGAGAUCCCAUCAGUGAGAGCCGCCGGGUGCUGCAGGAGUCCUGCGAGUUCUUCCUCAAGCACAACAGCCGCGUCCAGCACAAGAAGAAGCACUACAAGCCGAGCUCCCACAAACUCAAGGUCAUCUCCAAGUCUAUGGGCACGAGCACCGGCGCCGCGCCCACCAACGCCUCCACCGCCGCCACCACAACCAAUCAAGGAACCUCUGCAGUGGGCAAUCACGAGCCCCAUGUGCAAGGUUCUCUGUCUGAGGCAUCAGCCAGGGAGCACCUGGACAGGGGCACCUCCAGCCGAAGCUCCAGGAGGGGGGAGAGGGAGAGAGAGAGGGAGAGGGAGGGAGGAGAGAGACGUAGCAAAGGCGGGAACUCCAGUAAGGUCAGCAGCCGCUCAGAGAGCAUGCACAGAGUCCCAGAUGGGAGGAUGACUCCGAGGAGCGAGCUGUCGGAGGCCAGGCAGGUCCCCAGUGGACAGCAGCAUCCAGCUUUAAACCUAUCACACAGCAGCACCAUGCAGGACUCCACCCACCAGCUGGUGCACCCGGUGCCUGAGGAGAGAAAGGACACAAAGGACAGCAGCUGCUGAGACAGCUGACCCCCCCAAAUUUAUCUGUGCAUCUAUCCAUCCAUCCAUCCAUGCAUUCAUCCAUCCAUGCAUUCAUCCAUCCAUGCAUUCAUCCAUCCAUGAAACCACUCAGACAACAGUCACACUUGAUGCUGGUUCAUGUAUCUGUUUCAAAGCAUAGUGCCAUACAUCAUAUAAGCUUCAUGCAUCAGAUGAUGAUUGUAUUGGUUAUAGUGUAGUCAGUGAAUGUUCAUUGCCAGCAAUAUGUAACAUAGCUAGAGUAUUUCAAAUGUGGUGUGUUUGGACCAGAAUCUGUGGGUCUCAGUAGACAGCCUAAAGGUGUUGGAUUAUUUAGUUUGGGUGACGGCAGUGUCUUUCAGCUUUACUGAGCUUUCGGCCAUUGAGUAUAUACCUGAAUGUUGCAGCAGCACAGCUGUGUUUCACCUAUACAUCUACCAAUGGUCAUUUAAUUUUAUAGCAUGCAUUAAAAUCUUUAGGUCUACUGUUUUGUAGAUUGCUAGCUCAAUGGCAUAGAAUGCAUACUAGUAAACUAAUGCAGUAUUUAUGUAAAUAAUCUUAUUUUUUAGAAAGUCUUUCACUGGACUAGUCGCUACACUGAGAGUCUUGUUAAGAAAGGUCAUGACAUUGCCAAACAUUCAACUUAAGGAGAGUCUCCCUGGUUUUUGAAUGUCUUAUUAUUCCUGGAAAGAUGGUUUGUCUUGAGACCUCAUCUUGUAAUACACAUAAUGUGCUACUCUGUCGCUCUUUAAAAAAAAGGCAUACUCUUAAACUUGAUAUAGUUAGGCAAUGUUGGAUUUGUGAUUUUCAUUUGUUAGUUCAGUGUUCCUUUUUGUUUCUUGCGCAGAGGUGUCUUCAAAGAAGUGUCCUAUGAACGUGGAUAAAGUAUAGCUUUAUAGUUUUCUACAAGAAUGUGCCUUCCUUUGAGUAGUUCCUCAUCUUCAAAGAACUUCAAAGAAUCUGCAGAUGUUUUGCAUGUGUGAUGUCUACCUGUGUUCAUGGUGUAGGUGUAAUUUCAUAUGAUUUGGAAUCAAAAUGAGGAAACAAAUCAAACAGGCUUUGCACUAUUUGUCAUUAAAAGCACAAACCACUAAUUAUUAAGUAUGACUAGUCAUAAACACACAAAAAGAGAAUUUAUGGCUUUUUUCAGGGCUUAUUUAUGACACAUGGGUCACAGACCAUAUAUUUCCCCUUCAAGUACUUCCAGAACUACUGUGACUUAUUUGAAACUGUCAUGCUGUACUGUCUGUUUUGCUGUGUAAGGGAUUGGUUCCUCCCUUAAGUUUUUUUACCUUUUCUAUUGGAGUCACAGGACAAUUCAAAUAUCACUAAUGAAAAGGGAAUCCUGUCAGUCUGUUUCUGUUGUACAUGUACAUUCUUAUUGUGGCCUGUGGACGGGGGUCUUGCUUAUGAUGUACCUAGACUUAGUGUAGUCUUUGAAAUGCUCUAUACAACUUUUGAGAGCCCUUUCUACUGUUUUUUGUGUUUUGUUUUGUUUGUUUUUUAAAAUGUAGCCAACCUUGUCAGCUGAAUUUUGUAUCAAUCCAAUUUCAUUUUAAUAAAAUAUAAUUGCUUAAAAAA